AUAUAUACGUAAAUGUACAUAUGACAAUUAUAUAUUUCACAAUCACGCAAAAUUCAAAAUAAUGGACGGAGAUCUUAUUUGUAUUCCAGGGCAAAGAUUAUGUAUCUCAGAUAAAGUAAAUGUUCCAGGACAAGGAACUUAUGAAAAAUUAGGCUACAUUUAUGCAAAAUUCGCAGGAGUAGUUAAAGUAUUGAAGCACGAUGAUACAUGCUCAAUUUCAGUUCAUGGCAUGAUAGAUCAAAGUAUAGUACCUGCUCCUGGAGAUAUAGUUACUGCAAUGGUAACGAUUGUUAAUCAACGAUUUUGUAAAUGCACAAUAAAAUGUAUAGGUGACAUAGUUUUAAGCCGACCAUAUAGGGGGAUUCUUCGAAAAGAAGAAGUAAAAGCAGUGGGUAAAGAUGCAACAGAAAUGUACAAAUCUUUUCGACCUGGUGACAUAAUUCUUGCAAGAGUUUUACCAAUGACCGAAGCACAUACGUAUCAACUUAGCACAGCAGAAAAUGAAUUAGGAGUUGUUAUUGCGCACAGCGAAGAGGGAAUUGCCAUGGUGCCAGUAAGUUGGACAGAGAUGCAGUGUCCAAAAACUUUAAUAAAGGAAUUGCGAAAAGUGGCUAAAAUUGUACCAGAAGAGGUUGCUCUUUUAGAUUCAGCAUAAUUUUAAUACAUAAACAUCGGUACCUACUGAUAAUUAACUAUACUU